AUGGAGUGGGAAGCACCACCCAAGCAAGGCUUGUACGACCCUCAGAACGAGCACGAGGCUUGCGGUGUUGGAUUUGUUGUUGCUAUCGACGGAAAACGUUCCCAUAAGAUCGUACGCGAUGCCGAAGUCCUCGCAAAGCGUAUGGAGCACCGUGGAGCGUGCGCCUGUGACAAUGACACCGGCGAUGGCGCUGGUGUGUUGACCGCCAUCCCUCACCAGUUCUACUGCGCUCAGCUAAGGGACAGUCACCAAAUAGACUUACCCCCGUUCGGGAAGUACGCCACCGGCAUCUUCUUCCUGGACAAACUUCACCAUCAGGACAUCGAGAAGAAGUUCCAGGAGUUGGCUGAGAGCCUCAACCUCCGCGUGAUCUGCUGGAGAACUGUACCCACCAAUAACGCUACUAUCGGUCAAGUGGCUCGUAACUCGGAGCCGUAUAUGCGGCAAGUGUUUGUUACCGGAGAUAUCGAGGAUGAAACUCAACUAGCUCGUCAGAUCUUCGUGUUACGCAAGCGCGCCUCUCACGAGCUGGUGGUGCCUGGAGCCCGCUUCUAUAUCUGCAGCUUGUCUUUGAGGACUGUUGUUUACAAGGGACUCCUCACAUCCAAUCAGCUAUGGGAAUACUUCAAGGAUCUCAGCAACCCAGCGUUCACUACAUACCUGGCGUUGGUCCACACUCGCUUCUCAACCAACACUUUCCCAAGCUGGGAAAGAGCCCAUCCUUUGAGAGUGCUUGCCCACAAUGGAGAAAUAAAUACAUUACGAGGUAACGUCAACUUAAUGAAGGCCCGGGAAGGUGUCAUGAAGAGUGAUAUUUUUGGAGAUGAACUAAAGAAGCUCUACCCGGUGGUCGAACCCAACUUAUCUGAUUCUGGCUCAGCUGAUUGUGUGCUUGAAUUCCUCCUACACUGCGGUCAUAGAUCUCUACCGGAAGCUGUGAUGACCAUGGUACCGGAAGCAUGGCAUAAUGACGUCACCAUGCCCGCGGAGAAGAGAGAUUACUACCAAUGGGCAGCUUGUGCCAUGGAGCCGUGGGAUGGACCGGCUUUAGUGUCGUUUACUGAUGGAAGAUAUAUUGGCGCCAUUCUGGACAGAAAUGGUCUUAGACCAUCCAGGUUCUAUGUGACUAGUGAAAACAUUCUUGUGAUGGCCUCGGAAGUGGGAGUCUAUGAUGUUGAUCCGGAGAAGGUUAUACUAAAGAGCCGUUUGAAGCCAGGCCGCAUGUUGUUAGUGGACACCAUGGAGAAAAAGAUCAUACAAGAUGUGGAACUGAAGAUGAACAUCGCUAGGAGCAGACCACACUCACAGUGGCUCAAGGAACAGAUAACAAUGGAGGAUAUUUACAAGUCGGUCUCUGAGACCGAUUUGUCGACUAAUGGUUGUGUGAAUGGAGCUAUAUCAGGUCUAGGGGACAAGAGGCUCGGGCUGUUUGGAUACACUAUAGAGUCCAUCAACAUGCUGCUACUACCUAUGAUACAGAACAAGAAGGAGGCUCUCGGUAGUAUGGGUAACGACGCGCCCCUAGCCUGUCUGUCUCGCUUCGAGCCGCUGCCUUAUGACUACUUCAAGCAGCUGUUCGCGCAGGUCACCAACCCACCCAUAGACCCAUUCCGUGAGAAGAUCGUGAUGUCCCUAAUGUGUCCCAUCGGUCCGGUGGCUAAUAUUCUUAAUCCGGGCGCGGAGUUCGUACACCGACUGUUUCUACCACAGCCUGUACUGUCCAUACCUGACCUUAAGGCGCUCAUCGCUACCACGCAUCGCGGCUGGAGGACGAAGGUGAUCGACUGUACGUUCGAUAUAUCCGACGGCCCCAUGGGUCUCGAGCCGGCGCUAACUCGACUGGCAGGCGAGGCGCACGACGCGGCGCUGGCUGGCUACCAGCUACUGGUGUUGUCUGACCGACAGGCAGGACCAACCAGGGUGCCUAUCAGCUCCUUACUAGCACUAGGAGCGGUCCAUCACCACUUAAUCGAGACCCGUCAGCGCAUGAAGGUCGGGAUCCUCGUGGAGACGGCUGAGGCCAGGGAGGUGCAUCACAUGUGUGUCUUACUAGGUUAUGGAGCCGACGCCAUAUGUCCCUACCUGGCGUUCGAGCUAGCGUUCUCACUCCGCAAUGACAACCUCAUAGACCCGAACUUAACGGACAGCGACAUCUACCUGGCAUAUCAAAAGGCCAUAGAAACAGGUCUGGCCAAAGUUAUGGCCAAGAUGGGCAUCAGCAUGCUGCAGUCAUACAAGAGCGCUCAGAUCUUUGAAGCGGUCGGCUUGAGUGAAGAAGUUAUCGACAAGUGCUUCAGAGGCACACAGUCUAGAAUCGGUGGUAUUACCUUUGAGAUUCUGUCUCAGGAGACUUUCGACCGACACGCACUCACGUACGGCAACUGUAACGAUAUGCUGGUGUUACGUAACCCCGGUAAUUACCACUGGCGAGCCGGCGGGGAGAAGCACAUCAACGACCCGCUGUCCAUAGCCAACCUACAAGAGGCAGCCGUUAAUAAUACGACCUCCGCUUAUGAUAGAUUCAGAGAGAGCGCUCUAGAAUCUAUCCGCGCCUGUACACUCCGAGGUCAACUUGAAUUGGUUACUUUGGAUGAACCCCUGCCGCUGUCAGAGAUAGAACCGGCUUCGGAGAUAGUCAAGAGAUUCGCUACUGGUGCGAUGUCUUUCGGUUCAAUAUCUAUGGAGGCUCACUCUACACUGGCCAUCGCUAUGAACAAGAUCGGAGGAAAAUCAAACACUGGGGAAGGAGGGGAAACCGCUGAGAGGUAUCUCAACCAGGAUCCGGACCACAACAUGCGGUCAGCUAUCAAGCAGGUUGCGUCUGGCAGGUUUGGUGUGACGGCCUCAUACCUCGCACACGCUGAUGAUCUGCAAAUUAAGAUGGCGCAGGGAGCCAAGCCGGGGGAGGGAGGGGAACUACCUGGAUACAAAGUAACAGAGGAGAUAGCUCGCACCCGUUGUUCAGUCCCGGGUGUAGGGCUGAUCUCUCCGCCUCCUCACCACGACAUAUACUCCAUCGAGGACCUCGCCGAGCUGAUCUACGAUCUCAAAUGUGCCAACCCUAAAGCACGCAUCAGUGUCAAACUGGUCUCGGAAGUUGGAGUGGGGGUAGUGGCUUCCGGUGUCGCUAAGGGUAAAGCGGAGCACAUCGUGAUAUCUGGUCACGACGGAGGUACGGGCGCUAGUUCGUGGACAGGCAUUAAGAGCGCCGGGCUGCCUUGGGAGUUGGGAGUGGCUGAGACACAUCAGGUGCUCGUGUUGAACGAUCUGAGGUCGCGUGUGGUGGUUCAAGCUGACGGUCAGAUACGAACCGGUUUUGAUGUGAUAGUGGCGGCUUUGCUUGGAGCAGACGAGGUCGGAUUUAGUACCGCGCCAUUAAUAGCUUUAGGUUGUACCAUGAUGAGGAAGUGUCACCUGAACACAUGUCCCGUGGGUAUCGCGACUCAGGACCCAGUGUUGAGGAAGAAGUUCGCGGGGAAGCCGGAACACGUCAUCAACUACCUGUUCAUGUUGGCUGAGGAGGUCCGUACACACAUGUCCCGCGUGGGCGUGCGUAGCUUCCAAGAGCUGGUCGGUCGAACAGAUCUGCUGAAGGUGAGGGAGAAGAACGACAACUACAAGGCGCGCCUCCUCAACCUGGCGCCCAUACUGAAGAACGCGUUACACAUGAGGCCCGGAGUAGACAUACGGGGCGGAUCUAAACCACAGGACUUCCAACUGGAAAAACGUCUGGACAAUCAGCUGAUUCAACAGUGUGCGGGAGUUCUGGACGGAACACAACGACACGCACACAUACAGAUGAACAUCACUAAUGAAGACCGAGCCUUCACUUCUACACUCUCAUAUCAUAUUGCUAUGCAGUAUGGCGACUCCGGUCUCCCAGAUGGCACUACAGUGGACAUCAGCCUCACCGGGUCAGCGGGACAAAGCUUCUGUGCCUUCCUUAGUAAAGGAAUUACUGUUACCUUGGAGGGAGACGCCAAUGAUUAUGUCGGCAAGGGUCUGUCUGGCGGUACAGUCAUCAUCUACCCUCCAAAGAACUCUCCUUUCCAAUCUCACUUGAACGUGAUCGUCGGUAACGUUUGUUUGUAUGGAGCUACUAGUGGAAGGGCUUAUUUCAGGGGUAUAGCGUCGGAGCGUUUCUGUGUCCGUAACUCAGGUUGCGUGGCUGUGUCGGAGGGCGCGGGCGACCACGGCUGUGAAUACAUGACGGCCGGCAGGGUGCUCAUACUGGGACUCGUGGGGAGGAACUUCGCCGCGGGGAUGAGCGGUGGUAUAGCGUACGUGUACGACAUCGACGGUUCAUUCAGGAGCAAGUGUAACCCGGAGAUGGUGGAACUACUGCCGCUGGAGAUACAAGAAGACUUGGACGAGGUGCAGAAACUACUGGAAGAAUUUGUGGAGUAUACUGGAUCAUUAAUAGCUAAAGAACUCUUAGAGACCUGGCCGGAACCAGCUAAGAAGUUCACGAAGGUGUUCCCGUAUGAAUAUCAACGGGCCUUGAAACAGAUGGCUCUCAAGCAGACGACGCCCAAGGUUGAAACUAACGGGAAGCUUGAAGAAAACGGAGUCGUUGAUAUAGAGGAGGCGGUGAGGAACGUGGAGCAAGAUAAGAAAAACUUGGAGAAGGUUCUGGAUAAGACCAGAGGCUUCAUAAAGUAUCCUCGCGAGACGUCCGUAUACCGGCCAGCUGAGAAGCGUCUCCGUGACUGGGAGGAGAUCUACGACCAGUCGUCCGUGAGGCGCGGCCUGCGGGUGCAGGCGGCGCGCUGUAUGGAGUGCGGGGUGCCCUUCUGUCAGAGCGGACACGGCUGUCCGCUGGGGAACAUCAUACCCAAGUGGAACGACCUCGUAUAUAGAGCUGACUGGAAACAGGCGCUGGCACAAUUAUUGCAGACUAAUAAUUUUCCAGAGUUCACGGGCCGCGUGUGCCCCGCUCCAUGUGAGGGCGCGUGUGUGUUGGGCAUCUCCGAGCCUCCCGUCACCAUCAAGAACAUCGAGUGCGCCAUCAUAGACCACGCGUUCAGCAGCGGCUGGAUACUACCAGAGAUCCCUGAGUAUCGUAACGGCAAAACAGUCGCCAUCGUGGGAUCCGGGCCGGCGGGGCUGGCGUGCGCUCAUCAGUUAAAUAAGGCGGGUUACUCGGUGACUGUGUUCGAGCGUAACGAUCGUCCGGGCGGGCUCUUGCAGUACGGCAUUCCUAGUAUGAAACUCAGCAAGGCUGUGGUACAGAGAAGGAUCAAACUCAUGAUGGACGAAGGAGUUGUGUUCAAGUGUAACGUGGACGUAGGCAAGGACAUCUCCGCCGCUGACCUGGCUAACGAGUACGACGCGCUGGUUCUAUGUAUGGGCGCCACGUGGCCGAGGGAUCUGCCUCUCAGCGGCAGACAACUGGGCGGGAUACACUUCGCUAUGGAGUUUCUGGAAGGCUGGCAGAAGAAACAGGCAGGCGGCGGGACUGGGAAACUACCCGCGCUGAGUGCCAAGGAUAAGAACGUGCUAAUUAUAGGAGGGGGGGACACUGGCUGUGACUGUAUCGCGACGUCUCUCCGUCAAGGCGCCAAGUCUAUAACGACCUUCGAGAUCCUUCCCGAGCCCAAACCGACGCGAACCAAGGAAAACCCUUGGCCGCAGUGGCCAAGAGUCUUCAGAGUCGACUACGGCCACGAAGAGGUGAAAGUUAAGUUCGGUAAUGAUCCGAGACAAUUCUCGACACUCACCAAGGAGUUUCUCGAUGAUGGUGAAGGCAACGUAUCAGGUGUGAGCGCAGUAGAAGUUGAGUGGACGCGCGGCCCGGGCGGGAGGUGGGAGAUGACGGAGAAGGAAGGCUCUAAGAGAGUUGUUCCGUGUGACCUGGUGCUGCUGGCUAUGGGCUUCCUUGGACCGGAGAGAUACGUCGCCUCGCAACUAGACCUGCCGCUGGACGCUCGCAGUAACAUAGAGACGGACAAGAACAACAUCUACAAAACGCCGAGGAGCAACGUGUUCGCUGCUGGAGACUGUCGCCGCGGCCAGUCGCUAGUAGUGUGGGCUAUAGCUGAGGGUCGGCAGGCGGCGCGGGCCGUGGACGUGUACCUGUCGGGCAGCUCGUGUCUGCCGGGGCCUGGGGGAGUCAUAUACACGCACUAG